AUGGAGCCAGAGGUACAGACGGAGUUUGUACCCAAGCUUUAUCAAAUGCUGGACAACCCGAACUAUCAUGAAAUCGUGUCCUGGGGUGAAGAGCCAGGCUCUUUUGUCAUUUAUGAUACUACUGCAUUUCAAGAGCUUGUUAUCCCGGAGGUGUUCAAGCACUCUAAUUUCUCAUCGUUUGUGAGGCAACUGAACAAGUACGACUUUCAUAAGCUGCGCUUCAAGGAUAAGCCGUCGAAAUUCUGCCAGUUCCAGCACCCCGACUUCAAACCAGAGAAUCGAGACCGCACCUACCUGAUUAAACGGAAGGAGGUCCAGGCUCGGAAACAAAUCCCUGCAUCACUAAUUGAGGAUUUUCAAAGGCAAUUGGAUGCAUUAUACUACCGUGUGGAUAGCCUGGAGAUGGAAAAUACCCACAUGCUGGGCAUAGUGAACCGGCAAGAUCAACUGAUAAAACAGUUGCAGCAGAUGGCGAUGGGCGCGGAUCAAGUGCUGCAUUUUUUGGUAGCACUGGAUGAUGCGGAGGGUCGUAAUAUUUGUUCUCAGUUCCUCGCAGACUUUGCUCCGAACAAGGUCCAAAUAGACCAGGCGGUUUCCGGCACAGAGGUACUUGAAAUGACCCAACGCAAAAACUAUCGUUGUAUUGUAAUUGAUCUGGUGCUGCCUGCAAUUGAUGGCAUGUCUGUAACAGAUGUUUUGCGAAGUCGAGGCUUCUUGAACGCUAUUAUUAUUUGUGUCGAAGAAGAUGUCGACAGCUCUCGACGUGACAAUUUCUUUAAACGUGGAGCUUCAGGGAUCCUCAACCGACCGUUCAAUCGCAACGUUUUUUACGAGCAACUUAAACUUUUGGGCGUCUGA